AUGACAGAUGAAACCAUGGACGAUACGCCGGAACUCUCAGCGACCGAGUCAAGCGAAGAUGAAUCAGAGGAAGAACUCGUCGAGACCCUCAUCGCUGGUAGGGAGCGAAGGAAGACUGCUGGCAACCGCUAUGACAGGGACAUGAUACUGGAAGAGGUGGCAAAUGUGGACGAACAAGACGAGGUCACUCUAUUGUUUGCGGACAACGAAGAGGAAGAAGAUGAGGAAUUCAAAAGCGGAGACGACGAUGAGGACGCGGACAUGUCUUCCAGCGAUGAUGAUGAUCAAGGACCGAAUGCCGCAGCCGACGACCUCGAAGGAGAGAAGGAAAUACAAAAGCAGGCCAAAGAGGAACGAGCGAAGAAACGCAAAGCAGACCUAGCCCUAACCAGUGUUGCGGGCAUGAGGAAGAAACUCAAGACCGAUCCGACACGACCAGCUGCUGCAUCAAUUGCACCAAAACCAUCUAAGAAGAAAGAGCGAGUUACAUGGGUUCACGAUCCUGAUUCCGGUCGAAGUUCCCUGCGUAAGCAGACAAUUGCCCACCGAGCGGAAACUAUCGCCCGACUCAAGGAGAGCGAAGCGCAAAGCAAGAAGCUCAAAGCGCUCAAGGAACAACGGGAAAAAGAAAAGGCAAGGGAUGUUCCCAAAGAACUCACGCAAGCUGAUCGGUUAGCCGAAGCUGCAAGAGUUGAGCGACAAAAUGCUAAGAGCCUAAAUCGGUGGGAGACUAUGGAGAAGAAGAGGCAAGAAGAGCUGGCGGCAAAACUCGCAGCCCUCAAGGACAGGAAGCUGGAAGGGCCAGUUGUUACCUGGUUAAGUGCUAAGGCUAAAUGGAUCGGUCCCAAGCUGAACAAGAUCGGCACGAGAGAUGCCCCAGAUCCGGGAGAAGGCAAAACAACAGAGACGAAGAAGCGUGGGCGGAAGUCAAAAGCGUACCUUGAGCAGCUAGCCGCAGAAAGGAGUGGCGGUUUAGGGAGAGCCGGAGCAUUGCAGACAGGUUCCGUGACAACUGCGCAGGCACAAGAACCAACGUCGAAUCAACCCGACGAACCAAACAAGGACACCAUCAUCAUCAUCCCUGCUGCUCCCAGCCCAAAGGGUGCUCCCCCGGAAAUCACGCUCACUGUCCCGCAAGACCACGAGGACACCUUCUUGAAAGGGAUACACGAGUAUGCUGAUAUGCAAACGGACAGCAACCCGACGGAGAGCAGACGAGUCAGCCCAAUUCCCCAGGAGUCAACUGCACGGCAAGAUACAGCGAAGCAGCUAGAAACACAACAAAGCCCCAGGGCUCUGGCGGAAGAUACGCCAGACCAGGUUGUCCAAGUUCCAACUCCUGACGUGACCGAUAAUGUCGUCAUCAAGCCUGAAGUGUCUAUUGAGCAGAUUCCAAUAUCCGAAUCUAAUGUGCCGCAAGAGCAGACACAAAUACAAGGUCCGGUCACAACAGAAGAGCAGACCCGGCCAGCUGAAAAUGACGAGCAGAAGGAGAAGCUGCAGCCCUUUCAGGGUAUAGAGCAGAAACAACAUACUCCUCCAGCUAGCGCGAUCGACAAGCCCGAGCAGACAGAAAUUGCCCAAGAAAGCACACAAACAGAGCAGACGUCGCUCGACGGCACCACCGCGCCAGUCACAGCACCGGAGCCUCCUCUAGUUGAGGAAGAGUCGACGCGAAAUAUGGUCAUUCUGGAAAGGUUUGAAGAGCUUUCCAGCCAAUCCCGGCAGGAGUACUCCCUAUUCUAUAACAAUCGCAAAACAGCCAAACCAGUGAAGCACAUUCAAGAGCUGUGUUCCGUCACAAUGUUGCCUGUUCGAUACCGAGAUCGAGAGACAGGAAUCGGGUUCGCCAAUGCAGGUGCAUACAAAAAGCUUCAAGAACUAAAGGAGCACAAGUUUGUGUGGAGCAGCAUGCUUGGAUGCUAUGUUGGUCGAGAAGGAGAGCCGGCAGCCCGAGGAGUGCCAGAAGGAUGGAGUUGA